UAAGUAUGUAUAAUGGUUAUUUACCCCUUUAUGUCGAUUUUAUGUCGAUUAUGUGAAGUCACAGUCGUUGUGGAUAAAUACAUAUUCAAAUUUUCAUUAUAAUUUUGCAAUAUUUUGAUAUUAAAGAACAUCCAUAGAUGUUACCGAUAUUCUAGUUUACAUUUUUUUCGGCCGUCAUCUGCCAAUAUUCACUUUACUUCCUGUGAACUGUUCAGGAAAGACCUGAAUAAAUGGAGGAGUUUCACUAGUUAAUUUAAAAUUUCAGACUGAAUAUUGACCAUUCAAAAUCUAGCAAAAUAUAAACAAUUCAUGUAUACAAAGGAGUUAGUUUCCUUAAGAAUAACAAAAACAGUGAAACCAUGUUUACUACGACUGACUUACAUUUAUUGCUACAGACAAAACAUUUUCUGCCGAUCGUGGAUUGUCGCAACAAAACCAGAUAUACGAUUAUGAUAUCAUUAAAGAAUUAACAGGCAAUGGUUUGGAACAACCGAUCAAACGAAUGUUGUCCACUGAAUUACGUUUUUCGAUACAUUCCGUACGGGUGUAUGAGAAAGUGAGACUAGCACGAUGUUUACGUGUACAAGGCUUGGUGACAUUCAACGACAUGGACAACAAUGGACAAGUUAUUGUCAAUUUAGAAACGUUGACUAGAAGAAUCAAAUGUGAACAUUUAAACAUUACUGUAAAAGAUUGGGCUUUGGAAAAUACAUCAACAUCACUGGGAGCAGUUCUGAUUGUUUCCUGUUUACUGUCCUUAUUUGCAUCUGUGGCAAUUAUAUUAUUGGCUGUGUUUAUUUUUAUGGAAACUAAAAGCUACUUUGCAGGCAAAGGUAAAAAAGAUUUGCCAAUGAGGGAGUAUUGGAGGUUGAUCAAUUUCUGGGAAAUAGCAGUGUUAAUAUCAGAUAUUCUUACUAUAUAUGGGACCAUUUGGAUCGUGUUUGAAAAUGAGCACAGUGAGUGGAUAGUAGAGACGUUGGAUUCCUACACAGUCUGGCUUGGUUUCGGCUGUUUAUUUGCAUGGAUAAGUCUUCUCCGUUUCUUCAAAUUCCACAAUAAAUUCCAUUUAUUGUUCAGAACCUUAUUUAAAGCCUUUGGGAACGUGUUGGCGUAUCUGCUAUGUGUGACUGUUUUGUUUAUAGGCUUCUGGAUGUGUGGAUUUGUCGUUCUUAGCCCCUAUCAUGUCAAAUUCAGGACACCGGAGACCGCUGCAGAAACAUUAUUUUCCAUGGUUAACGGCGACGAAAUCUUUACCACUCUAGCCAUGUUGGAAACAAACAAAAUUGGCGGGAAAUGGGUUUGGUGGUUUUCGAGAGUUUACUUUGGCGCUUACAUUGCAAUCUUCACAAUCGUUGUCAUCAACCUCCUUAUCGCCAUCUACAUGAGCGCGUAUGAAUCCAUAAGGAAUUAUUACAAAAAUGGCCCGGAAGAACGAGACUUAGGACCAAUGGGGAAAGCGUGGCGAAAGUAUCUGAGUGAGAAAAGACCAAACGAACAUAAUCCGAUUUCUAAGUCCAUUUGUACUUUCCUUACAGCACUUACAGAUGAUAAGCGGCAAUUUUCGAAAGGGGAAGAGUCUCUGCGAGAUGAGAUGAAAAGGUUGGUACGAGUGGAGAGCAACAAGCCAAUCCUGAUCAAACCAAGAACGCUGCGAGCGUUUAUGAAUGAAGAGGAAGAUACACCCACAGUUAUAAAUUGUGGUUGUUUUAAUAUUAACUUCCUUACUUUCUUCAACAAAGAAAAAAUAACCUAUGAACCUUUUAAAAAUUGCAAAAUGCUCACUAAACAGAAAACAUGAUCUCCAUAUCUAUUGCAAUGCAAGUACUAAUGGCAUAAUGGUAUUCAAAAGUUAUUUCAAAAAUGCAGAAUAAAAGCAUCCACUUAAAGACUUAUUUAGUGUUAACAAUGUUCUCUGUAAAUUAAAAACUUUAAAAGUAUGAAUUAAAACCUAACUUAAACGAUAUA